AUGGUCAAAAAACCACUCCCAGAUCCAACCCCAGCUGGCGACUCCGCGACGCCGGCGACCACCUCCUCCAACAGGUUAGGGCCCGUGGCUAUUAGCGGAGAAAGGGACGUGAGUGUGCAAACAUUAAAGAACAACCUACGCAAGUGUCAGCAAGGGGCGGGAGGAGUUGGACGCGAACGUGCUAGGUGGACCCAACAUCGUCGUGCAUACCUAGACAAUUCCCAGAGAGGUAAGAAUGGAGUGGGUAUCUUGGUGGAUAGGGAUCUUAGAGAGUCUGUGGUUGAGGUUAGACGAGUGAAUGAUAGAUUGAUGAUUAUUAAGUUGGUGGUUGGAGAGUGCACCCUAAACAUUGUUAGCGCCUAUGCGACGCAUGCAGGCCUAGAUGAGGAAGUUAAACGCCGCUUCUGGGAGGGGUUGGAUGAGAUUGUGCGCCAGGUUCCGCCUGCUGAGAAGCUAUUCAUAGGAGGGGAUUUCAAUGGUCAUAUUGGGUCGACCGCAGGUGGUUAUGGCGAGGUUCAUAGAGGCUUCGGUUUUGGGGAGAGGAACGGAGGAGGUACUUCGCUAUUGGACUUUGCUAAGGCUUUCGGGUUGGUGAUUGCGAACGUUAGAUUUCCGAAGAGGGAGGAGCAUUUGGUUAUUUUUCAAAAUGCGGUGGCGAAGACUCAGAUUGACUAUCUCCUCCUCAGGAGGUAUGACAGAGGGUUGUGCGAGGAUUGCAAGGUGAUUCCGGGUGAGAUACUCGCGAUGCAGCAUAGGCUCUUGGUGAUGUACGUUGGUAUUAUGUUAAAGAGGAGGAAAUGGUCCGCUCGAGGAAGACCAAGAAUCAGGUGGGGAGCCCUAACUAAGGACAAAGCUAAGGAGUUAGAAGGGCGGUUGUCAGCUAUGGGAGCUUGGAGGAGCAGUGGUGAUGCGAGGACUAUGUGGUCAGCGACAACAGACUGUAUAAGGAGGCUGCGAGAGUGGUGUUAG